AAUUACGACAGUCGUAAACUGAGGUUUCCUGACGGCUUCCUCGCUUUACGACAGCAACAACUAUGGCAGCGUUCAGUGGAAGAUUCGAAAGUGCUAAGAGUAUCGAAGAGCGAAAAGAACGGAUCCGAAUUGCACGGGCGGAAGUAUUACGCCAGGCCAAAAGUAAUUUUGAAAAAGAACAAAGAUGCAAAGAACUUAAGCAACUUCGAGGUGAGGACACAUGGAUGCUACCUGAUGUGAAUGAGAGAAUUGAACAGUGCUCACAGGAACACUCUGUGAAGAAAAAGAAGAAAAAGGACAAGCAUUCAAAAAAAGUGAAGAAAGAGAAGAAAAAGAAGAGCAAGAAACAGAAAUGUGAAAAACAGAGUGAGUCGGCUGACAGUUCCUCAAGCUCUGAUGAGUGGGUUGAGGCCAUCCCUUCCCAGACACCUGUUAAAGAAAAGACCUGGAAAGUGAAAGACAGAAGGCCAGAAAAAGCAUGUGACAGCCACAUUAUGCAGCGGGAUGAGUGGAUGACUGUUGAUUUUAUGUCUGUCAAAACUGUGUCCUCAUCAUCACUCAAAGCUGAAAAGGAAUCUCUAAGGAAAAUAGAGCGGGAGAAAGCCCAAGCGCUAGAACAGUCCAAACUACAAGAAAGAGAAUUGAAUCCAUAUUGGAAGGACGGUGGGACAGGUCUACCAUCAGAAAAUUGUAUACCGGCAGUUACUAAAGCUUCAGGAGUAGAAGAUGGAGGAUUAAGCUGGCUAAGAAAGUCUUAUCAAAGAAUGAAGGAACAAGCUCAAAAAGAAAACAGAAACUUUGAGGAUAUUGUAGUGGAAAAAUAUGGGUCAAUGGAAAUAUUUCAGUCAAAAUUAAAAGAAGCUGAAAAAAUUGCAUGCAAAAGAGAAGACUGUGGACGGGAACCGUGGAGGAAGCUUGCAUAUUCAGAUAGAGCACAGUGUAGUCAAGCAAGUGGCACUUCAGACUUAGUGAAAUGUAAGAAGCACUCAGAGGACAGACACUUUGCAAAAGAGGUUGCAAACAGUAGCAGCAGCAGCAGCAGCAGUAGCGACUAUAAGUUUAGUGGUCUUGACUUAGGGAAGAGAUCUGGGUCUUUAGAAAAAUGUAGAAGAGAGUCUGCCCUAGAACAAAGGCAAGAAUCUUCUGGAAAUUUGAGACCUAAAUUCUUAAAACCCUCUGAUGAGGAUCAACUAUCAUUUCACACCAAGAGGAGAAAUUUUGAACCAUCUACUUCAUCUACAUUAGUGGCUCCGGCUUCUUUACAUUGUGAUUUUAAAAAACUCACAGAGAACAGUGAAGAAAAUUUGACUUCCUGGAUCCUGCCUGGUGGGAGAGAAGGAAACCAAAAACAUUCAGAUCAAAAGCCACUGGAAACCUGGAGCAGGAGUGCUGAUCAGCACUCUCCAGGAGAUAGGAGAGAACAUUUGCAGGCUGAGAACUUGAGGGGUGAACUACCAAGAAGAGGACAUCUGCAGGAUACAAAGUCAACAUUUGCUGGUUGUUCAGAGGCAGAGUCCACCUGUAUCUUGAAUAUUGAUGAAAAGAACAAGUUGGGUGCCAAGAUUAUCAAGGCAGAGAUGAUGGGAAAUAUGGAAUUAGCUGAACAACUUAAAGCCCAACUUAAAGAGGCAAAUAAAUUUAAAGAAACCAUAACAGAGAUAUCAGCAAAAAGAUUCAGAGUAGAGCAUGAGGAUGAAGAAGUGAUCCUUAUUAGAACAGAUGAAUCUGGACGAAUGUGGCCUGUGAACACCCCCGGAGAGACCCUGGAUAUGAAAGCAAAAAGAAGGAAGAGACAAAGAGUUUCAACCCAUGCGGAUAAAGAAAGGAUCCGAUACUUUCCUGAUGAUGAUCAUCUUAGUCUCAGUGAUUUAGUCAAGAAUGAGAAGAUGGGAACAAAUAUUGAUCAAAACAGACUUUUCAUGAGAAUGGCAUCUAAGUUCAUGGGAAAACCAGAUGGAGACCAUUAUACUCUGGAUGACAUGUUUGUCUCCAAAGCAGCUGAAAAAGAACAUCUUGGUGAAAAGGAAGAGAGCCAGAGGAGGAAAGCAAUUGCAGAGCACCAGAGUCUUGCCACACAGAUGGCCAAGUGUCUGUACUGUUUUGACAGCUCUCAGUUCCCCAAGCACCUUAUUGUUGCCAUCGGUGUGAAGGUUUAUUUAUGUUUACCCAACUUCCAAUCUCUUACUGAGGGCCACUGCCUCAUAGUCCCUCUGCAGCACCUUCAAGCAGCUACCAUGUUGGAUGAAGAUAUCUGGGAGGAGAUUCAGAUGUUUAAGAAAUCAUUGGUAAAGAUGUUUGAAGAUAAAGGAUUGGAUUGUAUCUUUUUAGAGACUAAUAUGGGCAUGAAGAAGCAGUAUCAUAUGAUUUAUGAGUGUAUCCCUCUCCCAAGGGAAGUGGGUGAUAUGGCUCCCAUCUAUUUUAAGAAAGCCAUAAUGGAAUCUGAUGAAGAAUGGUCCAUGAAUAAGAAGUUGAUUGAUUUAUCUUCAAAAGAUAUUAGAAAGUCUGUGCCCAGAGGCUUGCCUUACUUUGCUGUAGACUUUGGCCUUCAGGGAGGAUUUGCCCACGUCAUUGAAAAUCAACACAAAUUUCCUCGUUACUUUGGAAAGGAAAUCAUUGGUGGUAUGCUGGAUCUAGAGCCCAGGCUGUGGAGGAAGGGCAUUGGAGAAAGCUUUGAGGACCAAAGGAAGAAAGUGUUGCAGUUUGCUCAGUGGUGGAAACCAUUUGAUGUCACCAAAAGUAAAAGCUCUUAAGUGUAUCCUGCAUGUGUCAUUUCCUCUGCUGAGCCCACUCAGUUUAUGUUUAUUAUAUUUAUAAGCAACUUUGCCUUGGCCCCUAGGGAAGGGAGCAGCAGCUGGCCACUCUAGUCACUGACACCUAGUCAAGUUGUUUUCUUCCUUAUGGCUCCUGGAGACUUAGUUUGGUGAUUGUGGAAUAAGAGCAGGUAUAUCAGGAUAAUUGGUUCACAUUCCUUUCUGUAUCUACUUCUGGCUAUUCCAAAUUAUUUGGUUACUCUAGAAAAGGACUCCAGGGGAAAGUGAGUCUGCUUCCAUGUAGAGUCUGUCGCCUAGCUUCUAUUUUGCUUUUUAUAUAAAACCAGAUGUAUUCAGUACUAAGUGAAAUUUAUUUUCUUAGUUUUAUGGAAGAGUUCUUUUUUUUCUUUUUCUACUAGUAGCAUAUAGUAUCACUCUGUAUUAUCUUUGUUAAAGAAAAGGAUUAAAAACUAAAUGAUAAUGAAAAUAUACAUAAACUCAAACUUGUUUUUAUUUUGGACCUUUAAGUAGUCUGAAUUUUGGUAAUUUUAAAAGCAAUUUUUCUAAAGAGCACAAUUUUCAGUUGUUUGGGGUUCAUGUAAAGUUAAAAUCUGUAGCCAAAUCACUGUGUUGGGGUCUUAAUGUUGUCACAAAUGUUCAAUAAUGUAAGUAUUCAGGGAAUGUUCUCUUGUUCCUACUUGAUUAAAGGUAUUUAACUUUUAUUGUUCUCAACAUUUGAUCUUGAGAAAACCUUGUAUUUAUAAAAUGUGUGUUAUAAUAAGACUUUUUUAAAAAUUCAAACUGUAGUAUUUUAUUAUAAAAUGUUAGUGCCUAGAAUCACUGUGAAGUAUGUUCCAGAGUAACUUGUGAUACAUUUAUUUUAAAGUCAGGUUGUCACUGUUCCAAUGUAUGUUCCUUGUAUGUUAAAAAAGGCAACUGUUUUUGUUCUUCUAAAAUUUCACAAAUAAUGAUAACACUUAAUGGUUUUAAUUUUCAGUACUUAUAAAUUACAUCUAAGUGUAUAUGUGUGUUUAUAUAGUAAACAGGUGUGACAGUAUUAUAUGUUUUCAAACUAUUGGCUUUGUCUCAAAUCUUAAACAAAUCUAAAACUUUCAUUUUUAUAAUCAGUGAGUUAAAACAUUUGUUUAUAAAGUGCUAAUUCAUGUUGAUAGUUCAAAAAUAUGAAUACUCCUGCUUUACAUUCUACAGAAUCUGUAGCAGGUAUAUCCCAAUGUACUCUUUGUCCUGGUUCCAGUUACUUCUUGUUUUGUUUUGUUUUGUUUUGUUUUGUUGUUGCUUUUUGUUUUUCGAGACAGGGUUUCUCUGUCUUUGCGCCUUCCCUAGAACUCACUGUAGCCCAGGCUGUCCUCGAACUCGCAGAGAUCCUUCUGCCUCUGCCUCCUGAGUGCUGGGAUUAAAGGCGUGUGCCACUACUGCCCAGCCAGUUACGUCUUAAUGCACAAUUUCUCAAAACCUCAGUGGCUUGUAAUAAUGACUAUUAUCUUGUACCGUAUGGUUGGAGCUUUCGAUGAUUUGCCUUUAUGAUGUCUGGGUCCUCGGCUAAAGUGGCUCAAACAUCUGGAGAUGACUGGAGUUGUUUCUUGAGGCUUUUGUUCUUUAUACUGCAAAUGCUAAUGUUCUAUGUGGCUUUGUCACUUAUGUACCUAGUGUCUGGGCUGGGGAACAGCAGCAGGGAAUAUUUUGGUAUCAUUUUCUCUAUAAAUGCUAUCUUCAGAAUAGUUAGAUUUUUUUCUCUUCCUUAAAACUCCCCCAGAGCAACUAUUUCAAAGGAAAACUUAACAAGUAGGAUGUGCCAGUUCCCAAGGCAGAGCCCAGAUACUAGUACAACUUGAUAUUUCUGUAUUAUGUUUGUCAAACAUGGCUUAGAGCCUACCUACAUUUAAGAAGAGGGAUGGGGCUGAGCAUGAAAGUGUAAGUCUUUAAUCCCAACACUUGGGAGGCAGGCAGGCAUGUCUCUGUUAAUUCAAGGCCAGCCUGGUCUAUGUAGUCACAGGUCAGACUAUUUAGGGAGAUCUAGUCUUAAAAAACCAAAACCAAGCCAAACAAACAAACAAGCAAACAAAAUAGUGAGUGAGUGAGUGGGUGAGUGGGUGUUGUAGUCUUGCCUUUGAUUGAAGAAAUGUGAAAUAAUGUAUGGCCACUUUUAUUUCAUUGCAAUUUGCUCUGCCUUCAAAUUUAUAUGUCUUUCCUGUUUAAAAAAAAAAAAAACUACAGCAGUGAGAGUAGCAUCUGUUAAUGCUGUAGGCAUCGUCAUUGAAAAGGAAAGAAGACAGUCAGGAGAAAUGUUCAGUCUAUAUUCUCUAGUGAGUCUGAAAUUAAACUGGGCAUAUGUUACUGUA